AUGUCACGGGCAACAAUACGAUGAUGAUAGAUCAACUAUGUGUCCCUUACAUGCCCAAGUCCCGACUCACUGUGCCUCUAUUAUUCGCCAAGUCCCGAUCCAUUGUGAGCCUCAUGCCUUCCCCACGACAAGUCAUCGUUCCGUAGAGCUCGAAAAAUUGUGCAAAAUGCCUUGGCCAAAAAUGUGUGAAAAAUUGAUCGGAUGCCUCGGCCAAAUGCCUUGCCCGUCCCGACCGAGUGCACUUUUCCUCGGCCAAGUGCACAGCCCAGGUGCACACAUGGCCGAGAAUUCUCGGCCCAGUGCACUUUUCCUCGGCCGAGUGCACAGCCGAGGUGCGCUCAUGGCCGAGACUUCUCGGCCGAGUGCACUUUUCCUCGGCCGAGUGCACAGCCGAGGUGCGCUCCUGGCCGAGACUUCUCGGCCGAGUGCACUUUUCCUCGGCCGAGUGCACAGCCCAGGUGCACACCUGGCCGAGACUUCUCGGCCGAGUGCACUUUUCCUCGGCCGAGUGCACAGCCGAGGUGCGCACAUGGCCGAGACUUCUCGGCCGAGUGCACUUUUCCUCGGCCGAGUGCACAGCCGAGGUGCGCUCAUGGCCGAGACUUCUCGGCCGAGUGCACUUUUCCUCGGCCGAGUGCACAGCCGAGGUGCACACCUGGCCGAGACUUCUCGGCCGAGUGCACUUUUCCUCGGCCGAGUGCACAGCCGAGGUGCACACCUGGCCGAGACUUCUCGGCCGAGUGCACACAUGGCCGAGAAUUCUCGGGCGAGUGCACUUUUCCUCGGGCGAGUGCACUUUUCCUCGGCCGAGUGCACAGCCGAGGUGCACACCUGGCCGAGACUUCUCGGCCGAGUGCACUUUUCCUCGGCCGAGUGCACAGCCGAGGUGCACACCUGGCCGAGACUUCUCGGCCGAGUGCACAUUUCCUCGGCCGAGUGCACAGCCGAGGUGCGCACAUGGCCGAGACUUCUCGGCCGAGUGCACUUUUCCACGGCCGAGUGCACAGCCGAGGUGCGUUCCUGGCCGAGACUUCUCGGUCGAGUGCAAAAUUACUCGGCCAAGUGCACGGCCGAGGUGCACACUUGGCCGAGGUGCACACUGGGCCGAGACUUCUCGGCCGAGUGCGCUUUUCCUCGGCCGAGAGCAUAGCCGAGGUGCUCUCCUGGCCGAGACUUCUCGGCCGAGUGCACUGGCCGAGAUUUCUCGGCCGAGUGCACAUGAGUGCACAUUUUUCUCGGCCGAGUGCACAUUUCUGGGACAAGGUGGCCGAGAUUUCUCGGCCAAGGUGUGCUCAUGGCCGAGAAAUCUAGGCCAAAGUGAUGCUCGUCGGCCAAAGUGCACCCAAACUCAUUCGAGGGCCAAAAUGCCGUUUUUUAUGUGUUGAAACACCAUGACAAGUUGUCCAAACAUGAUUCAUUGAUGCCAAUAGUUGUUUCAUGGUGAAUUACAAACACAUAAUAUUGAACUCUUCAACAUAGACUCACAUUAAGUCUUGUUUGUGAAGCGCCUUCCAUGGUACCGAGAACCUUUGUGAAGAGUUCGUAAAAUUUUGUCGGGCCUUUCUCAAUUUUAUUGUGCCAUUAAAUUUUACACAUAGUAAGGUGCUUCCAGAACAAAUUUCACGAAAUUUGGAGUUGUGGUUUAUGGUUUAUGAAUUUUUAAAGUUUCGACAAUAAAAAAAUUGUAGAAAAUAAU